AUGAUCGCGACCGGCGGCCUGCUGAGGAUCAACGCACGGCGACAGGAUUCACUGAGGUCCAAACCACACAAAGCACACACACACAAGAGGAAGGACAAGAAGAAGAGGAGCGAGGUGGUGGUGGUGAAGGGGAAGCUGAAGCUUUGUUCGGUGUCCGGUCUGGUGGCGGCGCUCGGCGUGCUUGUCCUGCUGGUGGGCGUGGUCAUGGCGGCUCUGGGGUACUGGCCUCGUGACGGACUGUUCUUCAGCGCUCGGCCACAGGAGGGCGCCGCCAUGGCCUCCGUGUCCUCCAGCAGCCCCACACCUGCAGCUGCUGAUGCCCAGGUGAGCGUCAAUGAAGGAGGCGAAGGAGGCGACGGAGGAGGUGAUGAAGGCUUCAACCACACAGAGACCGUCAAUGGGACCCAACAGCUCGCACGAGGCUUCCUGGAAGAGUUCCUGGACAGGUAUCUGUACUCUGAUAGGCUGAAGGUCUUCGGACCUCUCAUCAUGGGUAUCGGGAUCUUCCUCUUCAUCUGUGCCAACGCCGUCCUGCACGAGAACCGUGACAAGAAGACGAAGGUGAUCAACCUGCGGGACAUUUACUCCACCGUCAUCGACCUCCACAGCCUCCGUAAACCAAACGCUUCCUCAGGCUCCGCCCGCCGCUCCUCGGCCAAUCCCCUCAACGGCCUCGUUAACUACGUCCAAUCAAAGAGCCUGGAGGCCAAGCCGCGGGCAUACCCCGCCUCCCUGCUGAACAGGAGGGAGCCGGCCAAUAGCAGAGAAGGAGGCGGUGGUGGCGAUGGAAGAGGCGACGCCAUCUUCAGUGUCUACCAGGAGAAGCAGGAGACUCCUCCCCUCUCCUCCUCCUCCCACAGACUCUCCCUCCCCCAGAGCUUCAGCCCUUCCCACCUGCCCUCCCCCCUGCAGGAGGAGGCGCUCAGCUCCGCCCCCCGCAGGAGGCACUCGGCUCGGGCCGGGACCAGCCGGCGCUGGGGCGGAGGAGGGGCGGAGGCGGGGAGAGAGCUGGGAGGUGGCAGACAGGAAGAGGAGGAUCGAGUGGAGGUACCACUUCCUGUGUGCGCCUCCACCCCUCCCCCACACCGAUGCCUCCAGGCCUCUUGCAGCUCCAGCAGCCUCCACAGGGGGGCGCCAGGAGGCUUCUCCUCCUCCUCCCUCACCCCCUCACACCUGUCGCUCUCCUCCCUGUCUCACCUCCUCUCCUCCUCGUCACCCACGCUGGCCCCCCCCUGCAGGAGGCGGAGCCUGCCCACCGGCAGUGGCGCAGGUUACAGCAAGCUGUCGCACGGAGAGGACGAGUCGUUUGAGUUGGCGUCAUCACAUCAGGUGACGUCACAGAGUGGAGGCGUGAGGUCACAGAGGAGCUUCUCUAACAGGGAGAAGCUGAGGAUGAUCUCACAGGUGGACUCUGGGCUGAGGCAGGAGGAGGAGGGCUGA